UUUGUUUUUGUCACGUGAAAGGAAGUAUGUGGUAGAAGUUCAAUGCUAUUAGGAAAUGUGUUUAAUUACGACGCAGCGAGACACAACUUCUAUGUCUUGAAAUACAGCGAAAAUUCCUGUGUUCAAUGAGGAUUAACUGUUUGUCAUUUUCUGUAAAAAGGAACCGGAUAGUGUCGCAUUCGAUAUGAUACCGCCGGCUUCCUGUUUGUAGCUACUCACCCCAGAUAUGCUAGCUAAGUGACAAGCUAACUGGGAUCACAACCUUGCCCUGUCCGUGGUCAUCCCAGGGACGAAGGUUUUGUGCUGCCUAGUGGUGGUUGCAACUUUCCAGUAGGUUCGUUGUCAUUUUCACGUUGUCUUCGUUUAGCUAAUGUUUGUGAGUUAAUCCCUGUUUGUGCGCGGCAUGUGGAGCAUUUGACGCUAACUGUCCCUGUGGCGUUAGCCCGGUCCUGAGGUUUUGACCAGACAUGACCACCUUCUGGCAGUGGCAUUAGGCUGGCAGCGACAUGGACACAGAGCUGGGUCGAUAAGUAACGAAGAGCUUCAGUUGUUGUCUUUUCGAAAUUGCACUCCUCAGGGAAACGACCAAGAGGGUGUUUUUCAUCUUCACUAUCGAGAAGAAUCUUUCCUGCUGCCAGGAUGUUGGAGGGCCUAGUUGCCUGGGUGCUAAACACAUACCUGGGCAAAUAUGUCAGCAACCUGAAUACAGAUCAGCUCUCCAUUGCCCUUCUGAAAGGUGCAGUGGAGUUGGAGAACCUCCCUCUGAGGAAAGAUGCCCUCCGAGAGUUUGACCUGCCAUUUGAAGUCAAAGCUGGCUUCAUUGGAAAGAUUACUCUCCAGAUCCCUUUUUACCGGCCUCACAGUGACCCAUGGGCCAUCUCCAUGUCCCAGCUCAACCUGAUAAUUGGUCCUGUUCAGCUGCAGGAGUAUGAUGCAGAGAGGGAGAGAGAAGAGGAGAACGAGCGCAAAAAACGUCUCCUCCGGGCUCUCGAAGACAAAUUCAAAAGUGAGUGUGAACGGAGGGGAGAGUCUUACUGGUAUUCUGUCUCUGCCUCAGUGGUCACCAGGAUUGUGGAAAACAUUGAGCUGAAGAUCCAAGAUGUGCAUCUUAGAUUUGAGGAUGACUUCUCCAACCCAGAGAAACCUUUCUCUUUCGGGGUUUGCAUCAAAAAUGUUUCUGCUCAGAACCCCUCCAAAGAGUCGGUGCAGAAGCUUGUACGACAAAAGCAGCUGGAGAUUGAAGACUUCUGUGUCUACUGGGACACAGAGUGUGAAAUGUUGGGAAAACUGCCGACAAAUCAGAUCCCGGAGGUUAUGACCCAGUUUAUGCAGAGCCGUGAGCAUCAGUACAUCUUUGAGCCUGUGCGUUCCUCCGUGUUACUAAGAAGAAAUGCCUCCAAGGAGCCUCUGAGGUCCCGAUAUACUCCUCGAAUUGAAGGCCAAGUUCAACUGGAGCCCAUGUCCCUACGCCUGUCACAGGUGCAGUAUCAGCAGAUCAUGGCGUUCCUUAAGGAGCUAGACCGCAGAGAGAGAGAGAUGCUUUACCGAAAGUGGAGACCGAAAGUUCCCGUUUCAGGACACUGCCAGCAGUGGUGGAUAUUUGCCAUCCAGGCCAACCUUAGUGAGAUCAGGGAGCAGCGACGGCGAGGCAGCUGGGACUUUGCCCUGCAGCGAGCACGAGACGCCCAGACCUACAGCAGUCUCUACUUCAGGAAGCUCAAAGCCGUCCCACUAAGUCCUCAAGAGGAGAGUGAGCUGGAGAGAGUGGAAGAUGAGCAGACAAUAGAGGAGCUGCAGAGUCUCAGAGAAAUCGUCCAUGACUGGUUUCGAAAGCAGGAAGAGAUUGCAGAGAAUGUGCGAGAGCCCAGCAGCGACCCCCUGCCCUGUUCACCCACCACAUCUAUCCCUAAGAGUGGGAGCUCAGGGAUGAUUCAGUACUUGCAGUCAUGGUUUCCUGGCUGGGGAGGCUGGUAUGGAGAUUCCCAGGACCCAGACAGGCCUGAAGAGCUGCUGCCAAGUCCAUCCUCAUGGGACAUUCUAGCAGAGACAGAAGACUUGUUCGAUCCAUUGGAGGACUCUCACACACUUAACAGCUUCACCAGGCGAGACCACCUGUUUGCCCGGCUGGAGUUCUUACUGGAGAAGGGUGGAGUCACGCUCUUUCACCAGGACAGGAGAGGGGACAGGCCUCAUGAGAGUGGGGUCAUCCAGUUGGAAUUCUCAGGUGUGAAGGUGACUCUGGAGUCUCUCCCUCGGUCCGAGUCCUCCCUGCUGUCUCUGAAGCUGGGGGGUUUGUUCCUGAGAGACUUGACCACUCAGGACACCAUCUUUCCUGUUCUGGUGUCUCCGAAAACGGACACCACUAAUCAACCAUGUGGCCAGUCCUGCAGUACCUCUGGAUGCAGUGCAGAGUGCUCAUCGUCUCCAGUGUUUGAGAUGAUUUAUGAGCAUAACCCAGCAAGGUGCAAGUUUGAGAGAAGACUGGAAGUGAAUACUAGUCCAUUGAACAUCAUCUACAACCCGCAAGCAAUCAAACAAGUUACAGAGUUCUUCUACAAAGGAAGAGUUCACACCUCAGGUUUUGGCUAUCAGUCAGAGUUGGAGCUUAGAGUGGCAGAAGCUGCAAGGAGACAGUACAACAAGCUGAAGAUGCAGACAAAGGCCGAAAUUCGACAAACCAUUGACCAGCUACUUGUGGGAGAGUUUAUUGAAAACAGUAAGCGCUGGACUAUGAAAUUGGACAUUUGUGCACCACAGGUGAUUUUUCCAGAUGAUUUCCAGUCGAGGGACCCAAUGUUAGUUGUUGUUGAUUUAGGCAGGAUUCUCCUCACAAAUUCUCAAGAUGACAAUAAGGCCAGCACUAAAGCUACUCAGCCUGAAAAGGAAGACAUGAGUGAUGAUGAGUACCAGACACCCCUUGCCACGCCACCAGAAUCUCCACCACCUGAGCCAGACAUUUCAAUGAAAGCACAAUUUAGAAGUCCUGAUCUUCCCAGCCUUAGGUCUCCUGAAUGUACACAGGCCUACAGCAGAAAGCUGUAUGAAAAAUACUCUUUGUCCUUUAAGGACCUGCAGAUAAUGGUUGGUCGCUAUAAAGACAGCUGGAAACAUCUUCAAGAGAGUGAGGUAGGCCCCACUCAUGUGGUGGAGAAGUUCAAUGUGCUGCUACAGCUUGAGCAGAGACUGCGUUAUACAUCAGACCCCCAGCUCCCUGGGGCUGUGCUGUCAGGAACCCUACCAGACCUCAAAGUCCAUAUCAACCUUGAGAAGAUGACUGCCCUUAGGAGUUGUUUGGCUAGGCUUAGCAGCCCAGCUGUGAAGGAAGGAGGUAAAAGUCAAGAGAGAGACCCAAAUAUAAGGUCUCCUGACCUUACACUCCGUCAUGACAAGAUCUUUCAGAGAGAGGACAGCUCCUGGAAGCUGCAGGGUUCAGCUAAGAACCUGACACAGAGUGUGAUGACUUUAGAGCAGCACACGCGAGAAGUCCUCGUGGAGUCCCGUCUACUCUUAGCUGAAUUCAACAUUAACUACAUGCAGCUUGGUGUAGAGAGUGAUGGCCGCUACAUAUCUGUUCUUAAGGUAUUUGGCACAAAUGCUCAUUUUGUCAAGCGGCCUUAUGAUGCUGAAGUCUCUCUGACUGUCCAUGGUCUUCUGCUUGUGGACACUUUACAGACUUAUGGCUCAGACUUUGACCUCCUUGUGGCUUCUCAUAAGCAUCUCAGUUUUGACAUACCCACGGGCAGCCUCAGAGAGAGCCUGCCCUCAACCCCUGUAAAGUCCCCUGAUAGCAGGUCUCCCGAACAUCAGUGCCACCAUACUGAGUCAUCCUCUGGUAUGCCUGUAGAUAGAAUCUCUCCCUUCAGUUCACUUUUCAAGGACCAGGAGGCCCUAAUUAAGCUUGAGUACCAGUUUGUGAGCUCAGACUGCCCCUCCAUGAACCUGGACAGCUCCCUUCAGGUGACAAGCAUUCAGGUCAACAACCUGGACAUCAUUCUCAACCCUGAGACCAUGGUGGAGUUACUGAAGUUCCUUCAGAAGUCUUUCCCCAAAGAAGAACGUAUAUCAGCGGCACAACAUCAUUCAACACAGCCCCACAGUGAAGAAGAAGAGGUGACAUAUCAGGCCACAUAUGACCAGAACAAAGAGCUGACUGUAGAGAUUCACCGCCUUAACUUGCUUCUCCUUCGGACCGUGUCCACUGGCACUGUCCUGGUUGCUGAGAAGAAAGGGCUUAAGAUUGCUACUGCCAGCAUUACUAGCACCAAGGUCAAUGUGUCCAUGGGCAGUCGGUUGGACAUCAAUGGUUCGCUUGGGUCCAUGCAGUUGGUGGACCUGUCCCAGGAAGGAGGCAAAAGCCAGUUUGUGGUCAGCAUUGGCAAUGUUGAGGAUAGCUCCUCAACUCUUGGCAGACUAAAAUUCCUUGCUGAUACAGGAGGUUCUCCCUCAGAAGCUUUGUAUUUUCACCUCAUGGAGAAAAUGCAAGGAGAAUGUUCUUUGCAACUUCAGAUGGCAUCCUUGCACUAUAACCACUCUGCAAAGUUCUUGAAGGAGCUCAGUCUGUCUGCUAACGAGGUAGAAGAAAAUUUCCGCUCCAUGUUGAGAAGUGCUGCCACCAAAGUGUCAACGGUUCUAGCCACCAAGACGGCAGAGUACAGCGGUAUGGUUUCACUCUUUGAGACCCCCUCACGGAGAACUCGAGCUUACAGUCAGAGCUGGGCUUAUCCAUUUGAGGAUGAGGAGGAUGUUCCCAUGGAUGAACCUGAAUCAACCUUAGACACUUUCUUGGUGAAGCUCAACCUUAAUAUCAGCAUUGAAUCCCCAGUUGUAUCUAUUCCACGAAAACCUGGGCACCCUGAGCUAUUGGUUGGUCAUCUGGGAAGCAUAACAAUCCAGAAUUUUGUCACUGGGCAAGACUCUGAAGGAGAGAGGUUGCAGGUUUUUGUCAAGGAUAUUCGGCUGUAUUCACUCAACAUGAGUCAUUUGGUUUUGAGGAGGCAACCCAGAGGGGAUAUUGCUGGCCCGAUGUCACCAUCCUGCAAUGGAAGCAUCAGUCAGGAUGAACCACAGUUUACACGCCAUGACUUCUUUGAAUCCCUCAGUCGAGGAAAAGCCUUCCAUAUAUUGAAAGACACCACCAUACAGUUCACCCUGGAGAAAGUUCCAGUUGACGAAGACACUCAGUUUACCUUCCUCACCACAGAGGAUCCCAGCAGGAGCUCAGGGUUACUAAGAAUCGAGGGCAAAUUCGUCAACCCUGUCCAGGUUUUUCUGUGCAAGUCUGUACAUGAACAAGUCCUACAGACACUGGACAAUUUGUUCCUGAAUGAGGAGCAACGAAACACCCCCAGCCAACCGCCCACACCACCACCACCAACUCCUUCUUCCACCAGACCUCACCGCUUUCCUGACCCACAGGGAGGGCUGUUUGCAAGGGACCCUCCCCAUUCCAGUUUUUCCCACUCGUCACUUUCCUCUCCUUUGCCUCUACAGUCUCGCAAAUCUGCUCUUCACUCUCCUUCAUUUACUCAGCUUAAAGUCACAUUACACGUUGCAGAAUUGCAGGUCCAACUCAGUGCUGACCUGACCCAGGGUUCUCAGGGCUUAGUCAGCCUGCGCUUCCAAGAUCUAGAGGGAGACUUUACCAAAGACCAUCCUCACUUACUGGCAGUCCAGCUAGCUCUGCGCUCACUGCUAAUGGAAGACCUCCUGGAACAGAACCCUGAAUCAAAGUACAAACAUUUAAUAGUGUCUCGUGGAGCUCCCAAGCCCUCCACCUUCAGUCCAAAGGAGUACCUUUCUCAAAGUUGUCCAUCAGCAACCAAUGCCCUGUACCCAGACAUGCCUCGCUCACUGCCUGCACACAUGGAAGAGGCCCAGAAUGUCUUCCAGCUAUACCAGAGGCAUCCCAGCACCCCUUCAGGAAGCAGUCGCAAAUCAAAGAGGGACCCGGACUGUCCAAGCACUCCACCUCCCUCUCCUACCCAUCAUACACCUUACCCUAAGCAACCCCCAAACUUUGACGACUCACUAGUUCAUAUCAAUGUGCUGCUGGUGGACCAGAACCACCCAGAAUUCAAAACACGAUAUGGCAGUGUGGGAAGAAGCGUGGAUGUUGACUUCAACUGCCUGGACGUUUUGAUCACACUUCAGACCUGGGUGGUUAUCCUGGACUUUUUUGGUAUAGGCUCCACAGCCAAUAAUCAUGCAGUUAAAGUCUUCCCUAUGUCACCCAAACCUGUGCCCGGACACCCUCUGUAUGAAUCAGACAUCCGUGAGGAGGAGACAACAGAGGCCGUCAAUACUAAAGUGGACCUAAAGGUUCAUUCUCUGUCUCUUGUAUUGAACAAGAAACUCAAUGAGCUUGCCAGAGCUAGUGUGUCUAAAUUAUCUGCUCAUCUGGAAAUGUUGGAUGGCAACCUGGCAUUACAAGGCAGUUUAGGAAGUUUGUCCCUGAGUGACCUGACCCCACACGGUGAUCUCUACAGGGAACGCUUCACCACACGAGGAGGGGAAGCCCUUAUUUUUAACAUCCAUAAAUAUGGCCAGCCUGAUCCUUACCUGGAGCGGGAAUAUGACAUCAAGGUGUCUUUGGAGAUGGCCUCAGUGCAGUAUGUCCACACCCAGCGCUUCCAGGCCGAGGUGGUGGCUUUCAUUCAACACUUCACCCAGCUACAGGAUGUCCUGGGCAGACAGAGGGCUGCAAUGGAGGGCCAGGCUGUGCGAGAUCAUCCUCAGAGGGCAUCCAGGGUUUUGCUGGAUAUCGAGGCUGGCGCCCCAGUUAUUCUCAUCCCGGAGAGCUCACAGUCAACAAGGGUCAUUGUAGCUAACCUUGGCCAGCUCAGGGUGCAAAACUGCUUCUUGCCUGCUGGGGCUCAUGGAACCUUUGCCUUUCAAGACAAGGUAGAGAAACUCUCUAUGGUUCAUGCCUUCUUCCCUUCUCUGGACCGGGUCCAGAGAACAGCAGGAAGCAGUAGUAAGCAGGAGAAGCCUAGCACCACUUCAUCCCCCACAGGUUUUACCCUUGGCAGGCCACAGGGCUCAGACAUUGGUAGAACUCCUGAGGAGAAUGGCCCUCACAGCUUAGAGGACCACGUGUGCCUGUUGGACUGCAUUGCGCUUGACUUACAAGAAAUGGAUAUAUUCGCUGCAGAGCGUGUGGCUUGUCAGCCCUGGGACUGUGUUGGUAAACCUCCUGAAACCUCAGACCUCAUCUUCCCUUCCUACGCUGUUCGUCGCACUGGAAACAACCUGCUGAAAGAUUGCUGCCGCCUCAAACUAAAAUUGGAACGUAAUCUGGAUAAGGAGAUGAGCCAUGCAGUACCUGACAUGUCCAUCCAUGGCAGCCUGUCGUCAGUUCACUGCUGUCUGGACUUAGAGCACUACCAGUUAAUCAGAGGGCUACUGGAGAACAACCUGGGAGAACCGAUUGAAGAAUUCCUUCGACCCUACAACCUGCAGGACCCCAGGACCUAUACGGUGUUAAGCGGAGAUGUCUUUACUAACUUGUCAUUCCUGGUGGACAUGAUGGAUGUCAGUCUAGAGUUCUUCGAUGGCCCAAAACCCACUGAACACAAACGCUCAUUAGCAAGGUUUGACUUCAUGAAAUCCAAGCUGCUCUUUGAGAGUUUCUCCAAUGGAUCCAAGUCUGUCAACUUGGUAUCUCACUCCCUCCUGGCAUAUGACACUCGGUACACUGAGCUGAAUAAAAGCACUGGUAGACAUGAUGGGGCAAAGCACAAUGUCUUUGACUGCAUCCUUCAGCCCUCUAAAACAGGCACUAACCGGGCAUCGCUACAGCUGGAACUCCAUUACAGGUCCACACGUGACUCGUCCUGCUUCACAGUAGUCCUCAACAACCUGAGGGUUUUUCUCAUUUUUGACUGGCUCCAGCUGGUGCGAGACUUCCUACAGACACCAGUGGUGAAGGUGAGAGGUGACAAUGAUGGUCGUCAGCGAUGGCCCAGUAACACCAGUACUGACUCGUGCACCGCCACCACCAGCACCACUGGGGCAGUCAUGCCAAAGACAGUCAAGAGUGGUGUGGUCACCAAGAGGUCCACAGUACAGGUCACCCAGGACCACUGUCUGGAAGUCAAGAUCAACAUUACAGGGACAGAGUUUGUGGUUGUGGAGGAUGUGUCCUGUCUGGAUACCAAUGCCAUCAUUCUGAAAGGUACCACUGUCCUCACCUACAAACCCCGCCUGCUGGACCGACCCUUUUCUGGAAGCCUUGCUGGAAUAGAGGUGUUCUCGUGUCGGCUUGGCAGUGAGCAGGAGACAGCGCUGUCCAUCAUUGACCCUGUCAAUAUUCAGGUGGAGCUGUGUGGAAGUCCCACAUACCAAAGCAGCUCGGGUCUACUGGACGCUUUCAAUGUGGAGGACAUCCCGCCACUGCUUGAGAUUCAUCUUCCUGUUCUGGACAUUCGUCUGUCCUACAAUGACAUUCAGCUCUUUUUGGCCAUCGCCAAGUCUAUCCCGACUUCGAGCACUACACUGCCUUCUGACACUGAUGUGAUGUUAGAGACUGCACCCAGUACUGAGCCCACAGCUACACCUAAAGGCAUCUUCAGACAAAAGACCAAGGCCCUCAUAGAGGGCCAGCUGACCCAUUUACAAGACCUUGGCUUCAGGAAAGAGGACUGCAAAAGAGCACUGAUCCACUGCAAAGGCCAGCUGGAUCAGGCAGCUACGUGGCUCCUGGAGAAUGCUGAGUAUAUGGCAGGCCGUCCCAGAGCUAGAGGUGAAUCUGGCAUCAGCAGCCACUCAGCUCCUCUGUCUGGAGUAGAGGUAAAGGCUGAGAGUGUCUGCAUCUGUUUCAUCGAUGACUGUCUGGACUGUGACAUACCACUGGCUGAGUUCACCUUCUCAAGGCUUUAUGUGCUGCAGCGCAUUGGGUCCACACAAGAAGGAAAUGCCAGCUUUACUUUGUCUGGAGACUACUACAACAGAGAGUUGUCAGGCUGGGAGCCCUUCAUCGAGCCCUGGCCCUGCUUCCUGUCCUGGCAGCAGCAGGCCGCUGGCCGCCUUCACCCACCACGUCUCAAGAUGGGGAUUCGAGCCAAGCAGAGACUGGACAUCAAUAUCACCUCAGUGCUGUUGGAUCAAUACAACACCACCAAGAGCUCCUGGAUAGCUGACUACUGUAGCGUGGAGGAACAGAGCACCCAGUCCUCCCCCAUGCCCUGGAUGGGAUCCUCAGUUGACCCGCCCAGCUUCGGACAGAGUGCUCCUGUUGCUAACCCUAGAACUAGGACCACAGACAGCUUGACCUGCUUCAAGCAGCCCAAUCACCCCAGAUCAGAUGUCAAAAUGUCCAAACGGAGGCAGCCAUUCGUGCCAUAUGCUUUGCGCAACCACACAGGCUGUACCAUGUGGUUUGCCACUUUGACCACAAGCCCAACAAGGGUGGCACUGUCACACAGCAGUAGUGCAGAUUCCAUCUCAGAUGUCCACGGUCCAGGAACUGAUGACACUCACAAUAUCAGCCAGUGGAGGGAGGUGCUGCCUGGGGAAGAGAUUCCCUUUGAAUUUGAAGCCCGAGAGAAACUCCGCCACAGACACACUCAUGAGCUAAAGCUGCACCAGCUGCUGGUGAGGGUGUGUGGAUGGGAGCAAAUCAAGCCAGUGUCUGUGGACAAAGUGGGUGUUUUUUUCCGUUAUGCUGCUCCAGAUAGAAACAAUUCUUCCAGCACAGUUGGCAGUCCUAUUAGCAGGACCAACAUCAUCCACCCACAUGUUUAUUUCUCGGCCCUGCCUCCGGUCAGAGUAGUCUUCUCCAUCACAAUGGAGGGCAGUGCAAGGAAAGUCAUCACUGUACGCUCUGCUCUCAUGGUAAAGAACCAACUGGAUGUUCCUAUGGAGGUCAGACUCGACAGUCCCUCUGCUCCUGACAAACCUGUGGUGUUGCCUCCAAUCCUGCCUAGUCAGGCCUUAGCAGUACCCCUCCACCUAACAUCCUGGCGGCUGCAGGCUCGGCCCAAAGGCCUGGGCCUAUUCUUCUGUAAGGUUCCCAUCCACUGGACCAGCGUGGAGCGGCAUGGGGAGAUCAGCAGCAGUAAGAGGGAGUGUCAGUCAGCAGACUUAAAUGAUAACGUCAAGCAUAAUUUCAGGUUUUGUGUGGUCAUCAAAAAAGAGAACUACCCAGACCAGCAGCCUGCCAAGAGAAUUUCUGGCAGUGCUAAGCAGAUCUAUCGACAGCCAGGCCACACUAUCUACCUUCUGCCCACCAUGGUGCUGGCCAACCUUUUGCCAUGUGACCUCAACUACUACAUCAAAGGAACGUCCAUCAAAGGCUCAUUGAAACCAGGAAAAGAAGCUGUACUUCAUGCAGCUGAUACCUCGCAGAAUAUGGAGCUUGGAGUCCUGUUGGAGAACUUCCCCAUGUGCAAAGAGCUGCUGAUUCCUCCUGGGACACAAAACUAUGUGGUACGAAUGCGGCUGUAUGACCCUAACAAACGCCUGCUUUGCCUCACCAUCCGCAUCAUCCUGCGGGCACAGGGGGCACUGAAGAUCCUGAUCUCUGCCCCCUACUGGCUUAUCAACAAGACAGGUCUGCCAUUAAUUUUCCGUCAGGACAAUGGCAAAGCCGAUGCAGCAGGUCAGUUUGAGGAGCAUGAGUUGGCCCGAAGCCUCAGCCCAUUACUAUUCUGCUACACCGACAAGGAGCAACCUGCUAUGUGUACUAUGAGGAUUGGGAAAGGAAUCCAUCCUGAGGGAGUUCCUGGCUGGUGCCAGGGGUUUUCCCUGGACGGAGGGAGUGGAGUCAGGGCAGUGAAGGUUAUACAGCAUGGAAACCGGCCUGGCUUCAUCUACAACAUAGGAAUCAGUGUGCGGAAAGGAAAAGGACGCUACAGGGACACUCACAUAGUGACUUUUGCCCCACGCUACCUGCUGGACAACCGCUCGACACACAAACUGGCCUUCGCUCAGAGAGAGUUUGCGAGAGGAAAGGGUACGGCCAACCCAGAAGGUUAUAUCUCCACUCUGCCCGGCUCCAGUGUUGUCUUCCACUGGCCCCGCAAUGACUACGACCAGCUGCUGUGUGUACGCCUCAUGGACACCCUCAACUGCACAUGGUCUGGAGGCUUUGAGGUCAACAAACCAAAGUCUUUCCAUGUCAACAUGAGGGACACACUGGGGAAGUGUUUCUUCCUGCGGACAGAGAUCACCCUGAAGGGAGCCACUUACCAGAUCUCCUUCACUGACACUGACCAGCUGCCUCCACCCUUCCGCAUUGACAACAUCUCUGAGGUGCCUAUACAGUUCUGGCAGCAUGGUGUGGCUGACAUCCGACUGUACACUGAGGUGAAGGCAGGCGCGGAGCUGGAUUAUGCCUGUGAUGAACCCACAUUGCCGCCCUACCUCACACUGACUGUGAAGGGAGCUGGAUCAUCAGAGGUCACAGCUGACAUGAACUACUUCAGAGAAUACAACAAACUUUACUAUGAGAACUUCAUCUACAUUGCAGCCACAUACACAUUCACAAAGAAUGUUGAGAGAAGACCAGUUGGGAAUAAGCAGCUGGUGAGCUGUGCUGAACUAGUACUUGAUAUAGACACCAAGACUCAAAGGGUCAUCCUGAAAAAGAAGGAGCCGGGGAAGCGCUCCCAGCUAUGGAGGAUGACUGGGACUGGUAUGCUGUGUCAUGAAGGCUCGUCUCCACCGCAGAGCAAGCCGGCCCAGCCACGCCCACUAGAUUCCUCUUUAGUACUGGACAUCGCUGGGCUUGCAGCAGUUAGUGACAACAGUUUUGAGCCUUUAAUGCUAAGGAGGCCAGACUCGCGCCGCAGCACAACCCAGACGUGGUACUUCAGCUCCGGCAUGCUGACCUGUGGCCUUCCACGGCUGGUAGUACAGGUGAAGGGUGGUGUGGCAGGUUUGUAUGAUGGGGUAGAGGUGGUGCUGGGACCAGACUCUGGGCUGCUGGAGCCGGGCCCUGAUCAACAGUUUAUCAACCAGAAGAUGAGACCCGGUUCUGGUGUGCUGUCCGUCCAGGUGCUGCCGGAUGGACCCACUCGUGUCCUGCAGAUUAGUGACUUCAACCAGAGGAGAAUGAUCCGCAGCUCACCCAGCACCGAACAGGAGAGGAGCAAAGAGGAUAUGAAGAAGAAAGAGCCUGAGCAGGAGCUUGAGGUGUUGGUGAACAUGGAUGAAGGUGUGGGUGUGUCUCUGGUCAACAAGGUUCCGGAAGAGCUUGUGUUUACGACACUGUCUGGUAUCGAUGUACACUUCACUCACACUGCUGUCAGCGAGGUGUUGGAGGUCAGCAUUCAGAACAUACAGGUGGACAACCAGCUGUUGGGUACCACUCAGCCUGUGAUGUUGUGUGUCACCUCCGGUUCCGGGGACAGCAGCGACAGCAGUGACAGUGGCCCAGCCCUGCAAGUCAAUUCCGUCAAGGUUUCCAGCAACCUCAUGCUCACUGAUCUAUUCAAGCAUCUCAUGGUGACAGCCCGACGCUUCACUGUCAUCAUUGAGGAGAAACUCCUGCUUAAGCUGCUCACCUUCUUUGGAUAUGGACAGACAGAGGCUGAGCUGGAGAAGUUGUAUGACCUCCAUGAGAAGCCCAAUGAGGAUGCAGGAGCUCCCAAACGUUACUACUUUGAGAACCUGAAGAUCAGUCUCCCUCAGGUCAAACUGAGUGUCUUCACAUCUCACAAGUUGCCUCCUGAUCUCAAGGCACUGAAAGGUUCUCUGGGCUUCCCACUGGUGCGUUUUGAAGACGCAGUCAUCAACAUGUACCCGUUCACUAGAGUGCACCCCUACGAGACCCAGGAGAUCAUCAUCAAUGACAUCCUCAAGCACUUCAGAGAGGAGCUGAUCAGCCAGGCAGCUCAAAUCCUGGGCUCCGUGGACUUCCUAGGAAAUCCGAUGGGCCUUCUCAAUGAUGUGACCGAGGGCAUGUCGGAGCUCAUCAAGUAUGGCAAUGUCGGUGGCCUUAUACGCAAUGUGACCCACGGUGUGUCCAACUCAGCUGCCAAGUUUGCAGGGACUUUAUCGGACGGGUUGGGGAAGACUAUGGACAACCGACACCAAAGUGAGCGAGAGUACAUCAGAUACCACGGAGCGACCAGUGGAGAGCACCUUGUAGCAGGGAUCCAUGGACUGGCUCAUGGUAUCAUUGGGGGCAUGACGAGCAUCAUCACUUCCACAGUGGAGGGGGUGAAGACGGAGGGUGGAGUCAGUGGAUUCUUCUCAGGUCUUGGUAAAGGUCUGGUCGGAACUGUGACCAAACCGGUGGCUGGAGCUCUGGACUUUGCAUCAGAGACAGCACAGACAGUCCGGGACAUGGCUAGUCUCAGUAACCACAGGCUCAGUGUGCAGCGUGUCAGGAAGCCUCGCUGUUGUAAGGGACCCCAAGGUCUGCUGCCUCGAUACUCUGCCAUUCAGGCUGAUGGUCAGGAACAACUUUUCCGCCUCACUGACAGCAUCCACUCUGAGUUCUUCAUCGCUGUGGAGCCCAUCGACAGCUAUUGUGUCCUCAUAUCCUCCAAAGUGGUCUACUUCCUGAAGCCAGGGGACUAUGUGGACCGCGAAGCCAUCUUUCUGGAGGUCAAGUACGAUGACCUGUACCACUGUCUGGUCUCCAAGGACCAUGGGAAGGUAUAUCUGCAACUCACCAAGAAGGCUGAGAGCACCAGCAGUGGUGUGGCCAUUCCUGGCCCCUCCCACCAGAAACCCAUGGUCCAUGUAAAGAGUGAGAAUCUCGCCAUCAAAAUCUCUCAAGAAAUCAACUAUGCCAAGAGUCUUUACUACGAGCAGCAGCUAAUGCUUCCGGCCAGUGAGAAUGAGGACUACUUACUGCUGGAGUCCUGAUCACAUGACUUUUCUAAGAGGGUGUCUGAAGAAUUACUAACUUUUCUUAAAUCCUGAGAAUGUCUUUUGUUUAUUUUUGUAGGCUUUUGUUUUUUUAAAUUGACAAGCUGCAGUAAAUGGAACAGUCAAGCACCAUUGCACUUGGUGUAGUUACAUGAUGUUUGACAAAGCACAUGCAUGUUCAUGACAGAAAAAACACAUGCAAGGCAGAGUUUUGUAUGUAUAUGAAGUAUGUAUAAACAACAGCUUUGAACAAGCUGUUCUUUGCUGUUGACAACAGGUGUACACACCCUACAAGCUCUAUAUGUUUGUGAAUAGACAGAAAUGUAAAUAUAAUAAACUGCCUUUACGACUCUAUUUUGUGUAUAAGAGUGCAGGGGUGACCUGUAGUGACACCAGGAGGGCUGGGACCUGCAGGUCAUUUGCCUGUCUGUCACUGUCUGCCUUUUACAAUCACAUACCUCUACAUCUGAGUGUCUCUGCUUUUAUUUAGCAGCCGUUUUUUAAUGAGCCCACUGUUCUUUCUAACCAGUCAGUCCACACUCCCUCUAACCAGGCUUCACUUUAAGUUGUUCACAACUUCUUGAAGAGUUGCUUGUUAAUUGUCAGGUUUUGGGGUUUUGGUUUGGUGUCAGAGGUUUUCUUGAGCUAAGAUUGAAUUGUAUUUUAAUAGGGGGAGUGGAGUUCAGUCAAUCUGUGAUUCUGUAACAUAAUGUUCACAUGAACACUGCUUUAAUAAAGUCCUGUAACUGCA